CCGCCAACUUACGCGCUAUAUAUGACGUCACACGUAGUAGGUCGUGGCACUCAGCUGACGACUGCAUUCGGCAAUCGAGGAACCGUGACGACCCGGCCGAGUUCAGAUUUUCAAAGAUGACACCGACAAUAACAGCCCCGCGUGCCGAAACCCUCGAGCAAAUGCCAAAAAAUGACACAAUAAAACUACGAGAACGGUACAUCGGACAAUCAUGCAAGCUUUUCUACAAAUCCAAUCCCCUCAAAAUAGUCCGCGCUAAUGCGCAAUAUAUGUAUGAUGAGAGGGGUGAGCGGUAUCUCGACUGUAUCAACAACGUAGCACAUGUUGGCCAUUGUCAUCCGGAUGUCGUCAAAGCUGGACAGGAACAGAUGUCCUUGUUGUACACCAACAAUCGAUUUUUGCACGACAAUCUAGUGAUUUGUGCUCGGAGACUAACGUCUUUGUUACCAGAGCCACUAUCCGUGUGCUACCUCGUCAAUUCUGGAAGUGAAGCAAAUGAUCUUGCUCUGCGUCUUGCUGAGGCUCACACCGGAAAUCAAGAUACCAUCGUUCUGGAUCACGCUUACCAUGGACAUCUGACCUCGCUGAUCGACAUAUCGCCUUACAAGUUUAAUCAGCUGAAAAACGGCAAGAAGGACUGGGUGCACGUGGCACCUUGUCCAGACGUCUACCGGGGAAAAUAUCGUGACUCAGACUAUCCGAAUGAGGAUCUUGGUGAGAAGUACGCUGAGGACGUGAAGAGGAUUUGCGAUGAUGUCAGAUCACAGGGGAAGAAAGUUCGUGCAUUCAUCUCCGAGAGUCUCAUGUCCGUUGGCGGACAGAUUCUACCGCCCGAGAGUUAUUACAGAAAUGUUUAUAGAUACGUACGUGAAGCUGGUGGGGUAUGCAUUGCGGACGAGGUGCAGGUGGGCUUCGGAAGAGUUGGUAGCCACAUGUGGGCCUUUCAACUUUACGGUGAGGAUAUAAUCCCGGAUAUUGUAACCAUUGGUAAGCCAAUGGGCAAUGGUCAUCCAGUUGCGGCUGUCAUAACUACACAAGCAAUUGCGGACAGCUUUAAACAGACUGGACUCGAGUACUUCAACACUUACGGAGGAAAUCCCGUGUCGUGUGCAAUUGCAAAUGCUGUUAUGGAGGUUAUUGAGCGCCAAGGACUCCAGGAGAAUGCAGUCAAGGUGGGUCAACACCUGCUCAAGGAACUUCUGAAGUUGAAGCAGAGAAGGAGAAUAAUUGGAGAUGUCAGGGGGGUUGGUCUCUUCGUGGGAAUUGAGUUAGUCAGAGAUAGGAAGACUAGGACACCGGCUAUUGCUGAGGCCAAGCACGUGGUUUCGAGGAUGAGGGACGAGAAGAUCUUGAUCAGUUCUGAUGGACCGGACAAUAAUAUUCUGAAGCUGAAGCCACCGAUGGUCUUUACGAACGAGAAUGUUGAUCAUUUUGUGUCAGUGCUGGAUGAGGUGCUGCAGGAGGUUGAAGUUGACAUAGAAGAGAUUCCGGAAACAAUAUUGAAGGCCGUCAUCACAACUGUCGACAUCGAUGCAUCUGAAAAAGCGAAGGAAACCACUCCAGUAGCGAUUCGAGCGAACUGAGGAAAUAAGCCCUUCGAAUAUGAUAGACCGAAUUUAUUCCUCAAUUGAAUCCAAAUAUUUCAAUGAUCAAUAACCAGGGCAAUUUCCUUUGCCCCAGUAUAGCUGUAAAUUAUGAAGCUUUUAGCCUUUAAUAUCAAAUCAGAAUUGUGAGAAUUCUGUAAAUCCACAUCGAGUGAUUAUUAUUGAUGGAUUAUAUAUAACUAGAAGUCUAUUAUUAGUAAUAAGUGAAGAUCUGUCAAUCUAUAUUAUUGUAGCUAUUAAUUAUCAUUGGACUGAGAUGAAACUUCGAAACAAAAUCAUUGAUCAAAUAAAAUGUUGAAUUUUCUCUC